UUUCGAGGUUAUCACUAACUUAUAGGGAAGGCCCUCCCCCCGCCUCUUCUGAAGACGGGGGAAUUUCAUGGUCCCCAAGCUCGAUCUCGGGGGAAAGUUCCAGCAACAUGGACUCCGACCUUGACGCCCUCAUCGACAAUGCGGGUGCCAAGAGGAGCAAGCGCCCCAGGGCAAGGGGACUGACAACCAGUCAGCCUGGGAAAAGCUCCAAGAGAUCCAGGAAAACGCCUCCUCCUCCCCCGCCGGCUUCGAGCUCUGCUGCUGCGUCGACUGGCCAGACUAACGUCCCCACGACGAUACCACCCUCGCAGGCCGUCGUCCCUGUGGUGGCGCCGGCCUCGCAGACUGAUAUCGCUGCCGUGGUUGAAUCCCAACCUCCUGUGGCGGGUCAAAUGCCUUCUACCCAGCUCGUCAAAAGACCUUCUGCUUCCCGAGCCCAGAAGCUAACUAUUUCCACCCAUAUGGAUUCGUAUGUGGUGGAUAAUGCUGCCGGUCCUCACGGGUCUACGCUGAUCUCGGAUGUAAUGUCCCGGAUUGGCCAGAGCUACGGCAAUUUUGAGGCUCCUCAGUGGCAGUGUCUAACUGGCACUCGGGACCGCACUGUCCUGUACGAGAAGAGUAUCGAGCACACUGCCGCGGCUCUUGCUUUCACUGCCCAGCUUAAUUACGAGCUGAACAACGAGGUCCAUUCGAGCAGGACCCUCGCCCAAGAGGAGAGGGACCUCCACCUUAAAGCGAAUGACGACCUGAAGGCAGUGAAUACUAAGCUCGAGGCAGUGGUUAAGGAGCGUGAGGAAAUGGUAUCUAAUUUUAGCGUUUUCGACAUAUUUAUAAAUUGA